AGGGACGCGCAUAUAUCGCGAGAUCUGACAUCGGCCGCGAUGUCCGCGUUAAUAGUAUCGCGCGAUACACUUUAUCGUCAUUGAUAUCGACGCGAGCGUGUCGGGUUCCCGACGAGUGCCUCGUUUCCGCCAAUUUUCACCCGUGCCUACGCAUAAUGAAACGUCCUAACGGAACGUUUCUAAUUACAAUUUAACGCUGACGAGACGUGGUAUCCGUGUUUACCGUGCGCCGUAACGAAUCACGAUAUUAGGCCAGUAAACAUGCCGGAAUUGACGGAGCUUGACAAGGCGGCGAGCUCGGAGCCUACCAAGGUGGAGCUGGUGGGUAUCGGCUCCGCGACCGACUCCGACUCGGACGAUACUAUUCCGGAAUUGGAAGAUGCCGGCACUCCCGGUACCGUCGGUUUUCCCGGCACAACGGUCACUGGACUUCCCAUUGAUAUGGUGUCCAAGGCCAAGCAGAGCCGCGGUGAAAAGAAGGCUAGGAAGCUCAUGAGCAAGUUAGGAUUGAAGCCGGUUCAAGGAGUCAACAGAGUGACCAUUCGUAAAUCAAAGAACAUUCUGUUUGUUAUAAACAAGCCGGACGUUUUGAAGAAUCCAGCUUCGGACACGUAUAUAGUAUUUGGCGAAGCAAAGAUUGAAGAUCUCAGUCAGCAAGCUCAGGUAGCAGCGGCUGAGAAGUUCAAGGAGCCACCAGUUAUACCAGCUACUGAGGCUGGCGGUAGCACUACGGUUGUUGCUCCUAUACAAGAAGAAUCAGAAGAAGAGGUAGACGAGACAGGCGUGGAGGAGAAAGACGUUGAUUUGGUCAUGUGUCAAGCUAAUGUAUCGCGAGGGAAAGCAAUUAAAGCUCUUAAGAAUAAUCAAAAUGACAUCGUCAAUGCUAUCAUGGAAUUGACAAUGUGAUAGAGCUGCUUAGAAGUAGGAUGUGCUACGUGAUAGCUGGCGUUCCGAGAUCAUAAUUUCAUUAUAUGUACCAGAAAGCGUCGUUUUUUUUAUUUUAUUGAAUUGAAAGAACAAGCCCUACGAUACAUUGUGACAGGAGCUGGAUAAUCUGUAAUUGUCUCGAAAAAUUGAAUCCACAUGUAUAUACAAAAUUCGUGUAAAAGAAAAGGUAAAUACAUUAAGAUCACUAUAUA